AUCUAUCUGCUUCUUCAUGGGCCGGAUACAAACAUCGGCCUGGGUAAAGUUGGUGUUCAUCUGGUUUACUCAUCUCAUCCAGGAAGCAUACACUUUCCUGCCAUCGACAAGACUAAUCCUCCCACCAAACAUCCCAUGCUUCAUUAAACGACCACACAAUUGGCACAAUGGAGUCUGAUCGCAAGGAACGGUUCCAUCGCGGAUUCCAGCACACCGUUGCCAGCCUCAGGGAGCAGAUCGGCCAGCUUCCUACCUACGCCACGGUUGGCGGUGAGAGGCAGGAUGCAGUCGACCACGUCCUGAGCGCCAUCUCGAACCUCUCGAACCAGGUCGCUGAUGCCGCUGACUUCCUGCCUGCUUAUGACCAGCGCACUUAUUCCGACGUCGUCAAGGAACUUAGGGAGCAGCUCAAGGAAACGAUGGCCACUUUCACGCCCAAGGCCCGCUUCCAGUUCAAGAAGCGUGCGUCAGAUGCCCCCGCCACGUCCGCAGCCAAGCCUGAUGCCCGAAAGCUGAAUCCGGUUGCCAACAUCAUCGCCAGCAUCGGUGACGAUGACGCAGCCUCCCUCGCCAAGCCGGCGGAUCAUAAGGACAUCGCCGGCCCUCUUCUCACGUCGGGUGACAAUGAGCCUACCGCGAGGCCCACCAGUGUCAAGAGAAACGACGACGACAUCACUAUCGCCGACCGCCGUCGCGCGCACAUCAAGCUCCCCGCUUCAGUCGUGGUCUCGCGCUCCAGCCCAGCCGUUGGUACGCUGACCAACCUCGAGCGCUGCGUCGUUGACAUGUCCGUCGCCACCACGACCGGCGCGCCCUUCGCGAGCCUGAUGCUUAAGGACGUCACGGGCAGCGCGAUUGCGGCGGGCCACGUUGAUGGGCCCGUGCACGUCUCGGGCGUCAGGGACAGCGUGGUAAUGGUUGCCGCGCGGCAGGUGCGGAUCCACGACUGCAAGGACGUGGUGUUUUAUCUGCACUGUGUCAGCAGGCCUAUCAUUGAGGACUCGAUGAGUGUGCGGUUCGCCGAGGCUCCUAGCGCUUACCUGAGUGACAAGGAAAAAGGGGAGCGGAACCUCUGGGAUCAGGUCGAUGACUUCAACUGGCUGAAGCGCACUCCCUCGCCGAACUGGAGCAUGCUUCCCGAGUCGGACGUCAUCCCCGAUGAUGUGUGGAAGCAAGCGCUUGCUGGUGGUCUUGGGGUCGAUAUUGAUGUGACCCUCCAGAGCCUGGGAAUCAGGAAGGAGGCUUGAGCCGAAAACCUGGGCUGCGGUCGAAGGAAAGCUCGGCAGGUCACGGAGUCACCGCAAAGAGCAAGUGUAUUGUACUUACAGCCCCAGGCGUUAUGGCUCGAUAUGGCUCGGCAAAUAACAGGACGAUGAAUUCCCAACGGAGGUUUUGCAACGAUCAUUUCUCAAUGCGUGCUGACCCCUAGCCAGCCAUAUCGUCGUGA